AUGUCGAGUGCUAGCGACGCCGUCACCAUGACAGCUGCAUUUCGGCGGCGCGCAUUUGCUGUGGUUCUCUGCUGGUUCAGCGUCAACUUCACAUACUACGGCCUGCUGGCACGUGACGCCUCCACCGAAGACUUGUCUCUCGCUGUGCGCACUCUUGUACAGGUGGCGCUCUACACUGCGGUCUGGCGGCACCUGCACAGCCACGGUCAGCGCGAGACCUUCUUCCUCAUGCUCGGUCUUCUGGGUGUCCUCUUGGCGGUGCGAGUGGCCGUCAAUUUGGCCGGCAUCGCUGUGCUGUUAGCACUGGCCAACGCGGUCGUAGUGAGCGCGUCCGCCGUCACGCUGAGUGUGAACUACGGCUACACAGCCGAGGUGUUCCCCACCAUCAUCAGGAGCCGGGGCCUGGCCGUCUCGUAUGCCGUUGGACGGCUAGGAGUACUGACAGCAAGCUUUCUGGAGAUAUUUAUUACAGAAGGAGAGUACUCCGUCAACCUGGUGAUGACUGGGCUGGUGCUACUCAGCGCAGCUGCCCUUCAAUGGCUGCCUGAAAUCUUCGUGGAGAAGCGCAAGGUGGCGCCGCCCGAGGCCUGCCUGAGCCCAGACCAGCGCAAGAAGGUCCUCCAAGCUUCCCUUUCGCCUACGAUCACUACACCAAAGGAGAUACGCACAGGAAAGCGCUUCAAGAAAGCUCGCAAAGUAAAACAUGAAGUCGCGGAACACCGUUACAUCACCAGGCAGCCAGCUGUUGCCGCUGCAGCUUGA